AUGCGCGGCUUGAACACUACUGCGGUUUCUCUUGUCUUAUCGGCAAUCUGGUCUUAUGGUCUGGAUCAUGACGGGAGUGGCUCGCUAUUCUCGACGCUAUGCCACUACAUCGGGACUUUCUGCAAAACGUUUCCUUUGCUUGUGGUCAGUCGCUUCAUUUGGUCUGCCAUCAUUUGGCCCACUUUCUUUUCCCCAUUGCGACACCUACCCAAUAUUCCAAGUGGUGGCUGGUUGAGCAAAGAAACACUGAGGUUGGUCACAGAGCCAAGAGGGGUCCCUCAGAGCGACUGGAUCAAUUCAAUUUCCAAAGAGCCCGUUGACUUGGCCCGCUACCGAAGCUUUCUUGGCGUCGAACGAAUACUAGUGAUAUCUCCCAAAGCCCUCGCCGAGGUCCUUGCGACCAAGAGUUAUAAUUUCCGCAAACCAGACCUUAUUGUAUCAGAGUUGAAGCAAGCUACUGGAAUGGGAGUCUUGCUCGCUGAAGGGAGCGAGCAUAAAUUCCAGAGAAAGGUUUUACAGACUGCGUUCAACUAUCGGCACAUCAAAAACCUCUACCCUAUCUUCUGGGAUGUUGCUGGAGAGCUUGCGUCGGCACUCGAAAAGAAAGUCCUUGAAAGACAACAAAGUCCCUCAGAUACGGAGACAGUCAUAGAUAUUGUUGAUUGGGCUAGCAGAGCCACCUUGGAUAUCAUCGGCAUCGCUGGAAUGGGCCAAGGGUUUGAUGCCAUCCAGAAUGCUGAUAGCCAAUUGCACCAAGCGUAUCGCAUGAUAUUUGAGCCAUCUCGGGAGGCUAUCUUUCUCGCUGUCCUCAGGCUCAUUUUCCCUGACCGACUGGUGAACUGGCUUCCAUUGCAGCGAAACAAGCGAAUGCGCCAUGGCAUACGUGUCAUCCGCUCCAAGUGUCUAGAACUUAUUCGGCAAAGACAGGAGCAAAUCAGACAUCUACCAUCCGCGGGAGACGGAAUUGGUAGUGAUAUCCUCACCGUGGCUCUCUUGAAUGGUGGCUUUUCGGACGAGAAGUUGAUUGAUCAGCUUAUGACCUUUCUUGCUGCUGGGCAUGAGACAACAGCCACGGCUCUCACUUGGGCCGUAUAUAUUCUCUGUAAGCAGCCCGAAAUACAAACUAGGCUACGAGCAGAGAUCAAACUUAAUUUCCCAAACCCCAAAACCUCGCCAACAUCCAAAGGACCCAGCUUAAACAUGUUGCAGGAAGCCAUUGACUCGAAAUUGCCAUAUUUGAACGCAGUUUGUCUCGAGGUUUUGCGAUACUUUGCCCCCAUUCCACUCACGAUGCGAGAGGCGACGUGUGACACAACUAUUCUUCAAACAGCGGUACCUGCUGGCACUAGAAUAAUCUUGGCACCUCGCGUUACGAAUCGCGAUUCUGCCCUUUGGGGCUCUGAUGCAAACAACUUCAAUCCCGACCGCUGGCUGUUGCCGAAGGAUGAGAAUGCAACGCCCACUGAGCACUCUGAAUUCGACACAGGCAAUCAAAAUCGAGAUCUUGCUGGAGAUGUUUCAGCUACAACAAAGCAAACGAAGAAGACAGGCCCUGGCAAAAGUGAGGCACGAAGCAACUAUGCUGACUUGACCUUCUUACAUGGACCACGAAGCUGUAUUGGACAGUCGUUUGCCCGAGCCGAGUUUGUUAUUCUAUUAGCUACUCUCGUUCUCAAUUUCGAGUUCCAGAUUGAGGACCCACGGCUUCUAGACGAACAAAACAUCCGGAUAAGUAGAGGAGCGACAUCAAGGAUAGUUGGGGGUUUGAAUGUCAGGGUGAAACCAAUAGCCGUUAUAUAG